AAUGAUCGAAUGAUCGAAUGAUCGAAUAAUAUUUAUUAUAAUUUUUCAAAUUAUCUGAAUAUUUAAUAAUCAACAUUAAAUGUUUUUAAAAAAUAUUAUGAUAUUAUUGAAUUGUUAAAGGAUCCGUUUCAUAUAAUGAAAUAAUUGUUAUUGCAAAUAAGAUUAAUUUUGAAAGGUCAAACGAAUCAUCAAAUAAGUAGAGGUGCGCAAACUCAUCUCGGUUAAAAUCGAGAAAGAAAUGAAUAAGAAUAUAAUGUAUGAUUCGAGAUUUUCAAAGAUGAUCUAUUGACAAUCGCCUGAUUGAGGCAUCUUCUUAUGAAGAUUAUGAAAAUCUUCUCAUUUAUAUGUCGGAUGACUUUAUUUGUUCCAAGAUUUUCCUGGUGUAGUACAAAUUAUUUGAUAUAAAUAAGACGACAAAUUUCCGGCAUAUCGUCAUUUAAAAUUGAAAAUCAAUGGAACCUGUAGAGUACGAUGAAACCAUACACCCAGUAGUAUGGUUAAAUAAGAUUAAAUCAUGUUGUUUUAAAAAUCAAAUUACAAAAAAGGAAGAUAUUAUGGAAUUUUGUAAAUCCAUGGUUCAUCCUUCGAUUGACGUAUCUAAAGCAAGUACCUUUGACGAAAUUUUAAAUAUUUUAAAAACUGAUGCCCUUUUUACUUUAUUUAAAUAUUCCGUUGAAGAAAAAUUACAAAAAUUAAAAUUUGAUCCAAAAAACGAGGAUCAUGUUCAAUUUAUUAGUAUAUUUAGAAAAUAUUGUUAUGAAGCAGAAAUUAAUGAUGUGGAAAGACAGAAAAAAUUAUUACUAAAGAAAUUAUCCAAUGAUUCUUUGGAAUAUUAUUUUAUUAAUGAUAAUUUAGAGAAAAUUAAAUCAUUAAAUGAUUUAGUCGUAUAUUUUAAUCAAAGCUUUUUAGAACAACGAAAAUUGAUUCGUUUUGGUUCAUGUAUCACUCUAAAACAUGUCGCAACUGGAAAAUAUUUAACGAGUUGUAAUGUGCGUUAUAAAACGGGCUCUUUGAGAAAAAUUGUUUUCGCUAGCCAAACUCUAUCCAAUCCGAAUUCUUUAUGGAUCGUUUCAGACUAUGACCAAAAAAAUGAAAGCAACCCGAUUAUUUAUGGAAAAAGCAAAGUAUAUUUUUUAAAUAAAGGUGUUAACGAAAACAUAGUUAUAUCUAAGACUUACAAAUCCCCUUCAACUGGGAAUUGGGAAGUAAGUUGUAUUCUUAGUCGACAUAUGCAUUUGAUAGAAAGUGAUUCAACAAAUAACGAUGAUAGUACUUAUAUAAAAUCGAAAGAAAUAAUAAAUAUACGUGAUGGGGAUGUCAAAUUUAUAUUACGUAGUAAUGAAUUUCCUUUUACUAUUGAUAAUGAAACAUAUCAAGAAGUUGUUGGGCAUGAAGGAAGAGUUGACGGGAAUGAUAAGUGGUGUAUUGAAUUAUUUGAAAAUGAAUAACUCUUAUUGCCAUAAUUUAUUAAUCAUAUUAAUUGUGAAAUAUCGAAUAACUUUUUUAAAAACAAUAAAUUUUUUGAUAAAUCAAUUUUAAUUAAUUUUGUCCUUGUACGAUGAGGUGGUGGCAAAUUCAUGACUUCACAAUAUAUGACAUAUAUGACAAAAUGUCAUUUCGA